GAUCACGGCCUAGCCCUCAGCCAAAGCGCGCACUGAGUGCAAACCCCAGUCAAUCCGUGCCCCGGCUCCGCCCCCCGCGUCCGAAUCCCGCCCAGCUAGACCCUCAAGCCCAGGCGGGUCUCGAGCCUGGAGAAGCAAGGUUCCCGCACCAGAUAGCAUGUUUUUGGCCCAGAGGAGCCUCUGCUUUCCUAGUGGUAGAGCAAAAUUCCUGAAGACAAUUUCUUCUUCCAAAAUCCUCGGAUUCUCUGCUUCUGCUAAAAUGUCAUUGAAAUUCACAAAUGCAAAACGGAUUGAAGGACUUGAUGGUAAUAUGUGGAUUGAAUUUACCAAAUUGGCUGCAGACCCUUCUGUUGUGAAUCUUGGCCAAGGCUUUCCAGAUAUAUCCCCUCCUACAUAUGUAAAAGAAGAAUUAUCAAAGAUUGCAGCAAUCGAUAGCCUGAAUCAGUAUACACGAGGCUUUGGCCAUCCAUCACUUGUGAAAGCUCUGUCCUACCUGUAUGAAAAGCUUUAUCAAAAGCAAAUCGAUUCAAAUAAAGAAAUCCUUGUGACAGUAGGAGCAUAUGGAUCUCUUUUUAACACCAUUCAAGGAUUAAUUGAUGAGGGAGAUGAAGUCAUACUGAUAGUGCCUUUCUAUGACUGCUAUGAGCCCAUGGUGAGAAUGGCUGGAGCAACACCUGUUUUUAUUCCCCUGAGAUCUAAACCUGUUGAUGGAAAAAGAUGGUCUAGUUCUGACUGGACAUUAGAUCCUCAAGAACUGGAAAGUAAAUUUAAUUCCAAAACCAAAGCUAUUAUACUAAAUACUCCACAUAACCCACUUGGCAAGGUGUAUAACAAAGAGGAACUGCAAGUAAUUGCUGACCUUUGCAUCAAAUAUGACACACUCUGCAUCAGCGAUGAGGUUUAUGAAUGGCUUGUAUAUUCUGGAAAUAAGCACUUAAAAAUAGCUACUUUUCCAGGUAUGUGGGAGAGAACAAUAACAAUAGGAAGUGCUGGAAAGACUUUCAGUGUAACUGGCUGGAAGCUUGGCUGGUCCAUUGGUCCGAAUCAUUUGAUAAAACAUUUACAGACAGUUCAACAAAACACGAUUUAUACUUGUGCAACUCCUUUACAGGAAGCCUUGGCUCAAGCUUUCUGGAUUGACAUCAAGCGCAUGGAUGACCCAGAAUGUUACUUUAAUUCUUUGCCAAAAGAGUUAGAAGUAAAAAGAGAUCGGAUGGUACAUUUACUUGAAAGUGUUGGCCUAAAACCCAUAGUUCCUGAUGGAGGAUACUUCAUCAUCGCUGAUGUGUCUUUGCUAGAUCCAGACCUCUCUGAUAUGAAGAAUAAUGAGCCUUAUGACUAUAAGUUUGUGAAAUGGAUGACUAAACAUAAGAAACUAUCAGCCAUCCCUGUUUCAGCAUUCUGUAACUCAGAGACUAAAUCACAGUUUGAGAAGUUUGUGCGAUUUUGCUUCAUUAAAACUGAAUCAUUCUGGUGGAGAGAGAAGACAAAGAAAAAGAAGUAGAGAAACAGAAGAUGAACAUCAGAAGGCUGGAUUUUCUCUGCUUACACCUGUCUAAUUUUAUGCUAUAUAUAUGAAUCACCUAUUCAAAAAAUAAACUAUUUUUCAAUAAUUACAACUAGGAAACCUUGAAAACAAGGGGCAGAGUAGUGUGAAUGAACUAAUUUUUUGGUUCAGAGCAAAGUAUAGGUAUAGUAGAUAAUAUGUGAAGUUCACAAAUAAGGAAAUAGAAGCAUAAACACAUUAUUAGAUUUUGGUGGUAGCCAUUAGAACUAAAACCAGAAAUUGCCAUAAAAGGUUAUCUUGAAGGUAGAGGGAGUCAUAGGAAGGGGUGGAAAGGGGGUGGAGCAGAUAGCUAUUAUUUUUCCAUGUAAACUCUUCUGUACCCUUCGACCUAUUUCUGUAUUUAUAAUUCAUUUGGUUAAAUAGUAAAUUUAUAAUUCAUUUGGUUAACUGUUUUCCUGUUUUGGGUUCUGCUUUUGCUUUUUCACUUUGAAAAUUUUUCUUCACUUG